ACGGACGUGCCGGAACUUGCGUGAGGCGACAGGACAAACAUGCUUAACUUAAGGACUUGUGCAGCAAAGCUGAGGCCGUUGACGGCCUCACAGACUGUAAAGACAAUUUCCCAACACAGGCCGGCAGCACCCAGGACGUUUCAACAGAUCAGGUGCUACAGCGCACCGGUGGCUGCCGAGCCUUUUUUGAGUGGGACUAGUUCAAACUACGUGGAGGAAAUGUAUUAUGCUUGGCUGGAAAAUCCCAAAAGUGUACAUAAGUCAUGGGACAUCUUCUUUCGCAACGCCAAUGCCGGAGCUGCUCCAGGCACCGCUUACCAAAGCCCCCCUCCACUGAGUACCAGCCUUUCCACGCUGUCCCAAGCCCAGUUCCUGGUUCAAGCGCAGCCUAACGUAGAUAAACUGGUGGAGGACCAUCUCGCAGUGCAAUCUCUUAUCAGGGCGUAUCAGAUUCGAGGGCAUCAUGUAGCACAACUCGACCCACUCGGCAUCUUGGAUGCAGAUCUGGACUCCUCCCUUCCAGCCGAUAUUAUCACAUCCACAGACAAACUGGAUCUCGCAGUGUUCAAGGAGCGGCUGAGAGUGUUAACAGUAGGAGGCUUUUAUGGGCUGGAUGAAUCUGACCUCGACAAGGUCUUCCACUUGCCCACAACCACUUUCAUCGGUGGAAAUGAAUCGGCUCUUCCGCUCCGGGAAAUCAUCCGUCGGCUGGAGAUGGCGUACUGCCAGCACAUCGGCGUGGAGUUCAUGUUUAUCAACGACCUGGAGCAGUGCCAGUGGAUCCGGCAGAAGUUUGAGACCCCGGGCAUCAUGCAGUUCACCAACGAAGAGAAACGCACACUGCUGGCCAGGCUGGUCCGCUCUACCAGGUUUGAGGAGUUCCUCCAUCGGAAAUGGUCUUCGGAAAAGCGUUUUGGUCUGGAGGGCUGUGAAGUGCUGAUCCCAGCCUUAAAGACCAUUAUUGAUAAGUCGAGUGAGAAGGGAGUGGAUUAUGUUAUCAUGGGAAUGCCCCACAGGGGACGCCUGAAUGUUCUCGCCAACGUGAUCAGGAAAGAGCUGGAGCAGAUCUUCUGCCAGUUCGACUCUAAGCUGGAGGCUGCUGAUGAGGGCUCCGGUGACGUGAAGUACCACCUGGGAAUGUACCACCGGCGGAUUAACCGCGUCACCGACAGGAACAUCACCCUUUCCUUGGUGGCAAAUCCUUCUCACUUGGAGGCAGCUGAUCCCGUUGUUCAAGGCAAGACUAAAGCGGAGCAGUUUUACUGCGGGGACACAGAAGGGAAGAAGGUGAUGUCCAUCCUCCUGCACGGAGAUGCCGCUUUCGCUGGGCAGGGCAUCGUGUACGAGACGUUUCACUUGAGCGACCUGCCCUCCUACACCACCCACGGCACUGUCCACGUUGUGGUGAACAACCAGAUCGGCUUCACAACAGACCCCCGGAUGGCCCGCUCCUCCCCGUACCCGACUGAUGUUGCCCGCGUGGUGAACGCGCCCAUUUUCCACGUCAAUGCGGACGACCCGGAGGCCGUUGUCUACGUGUGCAACGUGGCAGCAGAGUGGCGAAGCACCUUCCAUAAGGACGUGGUGGUGGAUUUGGUUUGUUACAGGCGCAACGGUCACAACGAGAUGGAUGAACCCAUGUUCACGCAACCCCUGAUGUACAAACAGAUCCGGAAACAGAAGCCGGUGCUGCAGAAAUACGCAGAGCUGCUGAUUUCCCAGGGGGUGGUAAAUCAGCUGGAGUACGAGGAGGAAAUUGCCAAGUACGAUAAGAUCUGCGAGGAGGCCCAUGCGAGAUCCAAGGAUGAAAAGAUCUUGCACAUCAAGCACUGGCUGGACUCACCCUGGCCUGGUUUCUUCACUCUGGACGGCCAACCCCGCAGCAUGACCUGCCCUUCCACCGGACUGAAUGAAGAGGACUUGACGCACAUUGGUCAAGUGGCCAGCUCGGUGCCGGUGGAGGAUUUCACUAUCCAUGGAGGUUUGAGCCGUAUUCUGAAAACCCGUGGGGAGAUGGUGAAGAACCGGUCGGUGGACUGGGCCCUGGCAGAGUACAUGGCGUUCGGCUCCCUGCUCAAAGAGGGCAUCCACAUCCGCCUGAGCGGCCAGGACGUUGAGAGGGGGACGUUCAGCCAUCGCCACCACGUCCUGCACGAUCAGAAUGUGGACAAGAGGACCUGUAUCCCCAUGAACCACCUCUGGCCCAACCAGGCUCCUUACACCGUCUGCAACAGCUCUCUGUCGGAGUACGGCGUCCUCGGAUUCGAGCUGGGCUUCGCCAUGGCCAGCCCCAACGCCCUGGUGCUUUGGGAAGCCCAAUUCGGGGACUUCCACAACACCGCUCAGUGCAUAAUCGACCAGUUCAUCUGUCCCGGGCAGGCCAAGUGGGUCAGGCAGAACGGCAUCGUCCUGCUGCUUCCCCACGGCAUGGAGGGCAUGGGUCCCGAGCACUCCUCCGCCCGCCCGGAGCGAUUCUUGCAGAUGUGCAACGACGAUCCCGACGUCUUCCCCAAACUGGACGACUUUGACGUGCGCCAGCUCUACGACUGCAACUGGAUCGUCGUGAACUGCUCCACUCCGGCCAACUUCUUCCACGUCCUCCGGCGCCAGAUCCUCCUGCCCUUCCGCAAACCGUUGAUCAUCUUCACUCCAAAGUCGCUGCUGCGCCACCCCGAAGCCCGCUCCAGCUUUGAUGACAUGCUGCCAGGCACCCACUUCCUCCGCAUCAUCCCCGACGGCGGCCCCGCGGCCCAGAGCCCCGAGCAGGUGAAGCGGGUGCUGUUCUGCACCGGCAAGGUCUACUACGACCUGACUCGCGAGCGCAAGGCUCGGCAGAUGGAGGCCGACGUGGCCAUCACCAGGGUGGAGCAGCUCUCCCCGUUCCCCUUCGACCUCCUCCAGCGGGAAGCCCAGAAGUACCCGGCCGCCGAGCUGGUGUGGUGCCAGGAGGAGCACAAGAACCAGGGCUACUACGACUACGUCAAACCCCGGCUCCGCACCACCAUCAACCGCGCCAAGCCUGUCUGGUAUGCAGGGCGGGAGCCGGCGGCUGCCCCCGCCACCGGCAACAAGAAAACCCACCUGACGGAGCUGCAGCGGCUCCUCGACACGGCCUUCGACCUCGACGCCUUCAAGGACCUGGCCUAAGCGCCAGCCCGGCGGCGGCAGCAUGCUCCCGUCCAUCUGUCUGUCCAUCUGUCUGUCCCCCGCUCGCCUCCCCCCUCCCUCCUUAACUACAGACCUUGUAAAACCCCACGCCGGCGCCUGGAGUCCUUGUCUGGCUCGCGCCGGAGCCAGUGUUGGUGCAGCCGCCCUGGCAGGCGAGAGGGGCCGGGAGCUGUGCGCCCCCCCCCCCCCCAACCCGGCCCCCAGGAGGGGCUGGUCCCCGGGGCUCUUCUCUGGGGGCGUCCAGUGCAAUGGGCCCAGCCACCUCCCAGUUCCUCCCAGUCUGGUGUUGCACUUGUCCUUGCAGCCACUGCCUCUCUCGGGGGAGCAAGAUGGGGUGGCUGUCCCCAUCCCCCCCCGCCUCGCAGGGCCCAGGCAGGGGUGGGGGUGCUGGCCCCCUGCCCCAGAGCCCCCCCCCCCCAGCUUCCAGGGCACCCGCAGGGCGGUUUGCCCGUCCCUGGGGAGCGCCGUCCCCUUCUGCCUGCACUGGCACCCUGGCCUUGAGCUCCCGCAGCCGCUCGGCCGGUGCUGGGUGCCGCGUCCUCCCAUGGGGGUCCGGGGUGGGGGGGGCGACCCCUGGCCGGGGCUCGCUUUCGGCUUCCCCAAUAAACACCAAGUCCUCCCACUGC